GUUUGAAUGAACUUUUCGAUUACCACCUCCCUGGACUGAUUAAAUUUUUGACAGAAAUGUCAUUACCGAAAAAUAUUGCAAACAAUACAUUUAACUGGUGUUAAUUACAAAUUGGUUCGGAUAUAAUAAUAUAAAAUGGUGUUUUACAGAAAGAUGUGAAUUUAAAGUUUCCAUUGUUGCGAUUUGCUGGGUAUAUAUUAUUUCUAACCUAAAAUGUUUCAAUAAUUAAAAAGUAAUCAAACAAUAGAAUGAUGGAGAAAACAGAUAUUGAAAUAAAAUAUCAAAAACUAGCUACAGAAUACUCGAAAGUGAGAUCUCAAGCAACUGUUCUCAAGAAGGCACUUCUUGAUGAGCAAGCUAAGAAUAUUCAACUGAAUGAAACUAUUAAGAAACAUGAACAGAAGAUCAGGAAACAUGAUCAAGAAAUGGAGAGUCUUACCUUUCGUAAUGAACAGUUAACAAAACGAAUUUCUGUGUUACAACAAGAAUUACAACAAAGCAGUCAUGGGAAGAAAAGUAAGGCAAAAGCUGCUGAUACUAUACCUUUGAAUACAGAUAUUAGUUUGUUGAAUGAGGAGUUGCAAAAGAAAAUAAUUGAAAAUGCACAACUAUGCAGCACUAUGCAUGAUAAAAACUUUGAAUUGUCAGAAUGUAAAGAGAAGAUUGAAUGGCUUGAGAAGAAAAUGGAAGAACUUCAAGCCAAUUAUGAAAAAUCUGAGACCAAGAAUAGAGAGGAAGUGGACAAACUAAAAAAUGAUAAAAUUCUUUUGCAAAGAAAAAUGAAUGAAAUGUCCUCUGAAAAAUCCAUAUCAAAUGGUGAAAUUAGUAACUGUGAUAAAGCCAAUCUUCAUGAAGAACAUAUUCGUGUGUUAAAUGAAGAGAUAGACAGAUGGAAAACUGAAUGUGAAGUUUUAAGGUCUAGGCCUAAUACUAAUGAUCAAUUAAUAGAAUACUAUGAAAAACAAAUAACUGAAUUAGUAGAGGCAAAAAGUGCAGCUUUGUCAGAAACUCAGUCAUUUUUAGCUGAAAAUAAUUCAUUGAAUGCAAGAUUGGAAUCUCACAUAUUAAGCCUCAGCACUUUAGAAAGUGUUACAAACAAAACCAUUGAAGAACUGACCACAUCAAAUGAUAAUUACAAGGCGCAACUUGAUGCUUUAACAGAACACUUGGCUGCCCAAAAUGAGAAGAUUACAAAACAGUGUGAUGAAAUAGAAAUAUUAAAACAUAAAUUAACACAGAAAAAGUAACAUUCCAUUGUUUUCUAAUCUACAUAAAAAAUUUAAAGAAUUACUAUAUUCUUUUCUUUCUAUAUACAAAAUAACUUUUUAUUUCUAUAAUAUAUAUGACUGUUUUAAUAAAGAUAUUGUAAGAUUAAAA